AUGCCCACAGAACCCACCACCAUGCACGAACUGCCUUCGCGGGCUGGAUACUUGGCCAAACUAGGACUACCACAAGUCACACUUAGGGCAACCAUAGUUGGAUUACUAAUUGGAUCGGUUAUUCUCAUCUCGAAUUUUCAAUUUGGUUUACAAACAGGUUGGGUAUCAAUGAUGUCGUUGCCAGCAGCAUUACUAGGAUUUGCUGUGUUUAAGCUUACACCAAUGUCCCAAAGCUUUACUGAUGUGGAGAAUGUAUAUAUACAAAGUAUCGCAGUGGCAGUAGGCACUGGGCCACUAUGUUAUGGGUUUGUUGGGAUCAUACCUGCCAUUGAAAAGUUUAUGACCAGUGACGAAUCAGGUUUAGGAAGGCGAAUUACAUUUUCCACAAAGGAGCUUAUAAUAUGGUCAAUGGGAUUAGGACUUUUUGGGGUAUUCUUUGCAAUUCCAUUGCGUAAACAAGUCAUUGUCAAGGAGAAAUUGCCAUUUCCUUCAGGGAGCGCAACAGCAACUCUUAUCUCGGUCUUGCAUGGAACUGAAAUUUAUGAAAGUGAUAGCGAAGAAGAGGAAGACCAUACCAAGAGCCAAAAUGAGUCACCAUUGCAACAACAAACCUCUGCAACCCAGCUCAUUGAAUCUACAGAUUACAACUCCAACAUGAAGUCUUUGACAUACACUUUUCUAGUGUCAUCUUUUUACACAAUACUAUCGUUCUUUUUCCCCAUCUUGAAAAAAGUUCCAAUUUUUGGCACGUCGGCGUCAAAACAAUACUUGUGGGACUUCCAGCCUUCACCAGCAUAUAUUGGCCAAGGAAUCAUUAUGGGUCUACCAACCGUGUCAUACAUGUUGUUUGGUGCUAUACUAGGUUGGGGUAUCUUAGCUCCAUUGUCAAAAUACAUGAAGUGGGCACCAGGUCCUAUCGAUGAUUGGGUAUCGGGUGGACAGGGGUGGAUCCUCUGGGUUAGUUUGAGUAUCAUGGUUGCUGACUCUUUGGUGUCUUUUAUUGUAUUGAGCGUAAAAUCUGUGCAAGAUUUUAUAAUAGACUAUAGGAGCCGACAAGAGUCGUACACACAAACAUUGGAAUUACAGCAAUCGCUCUUGGAGGAGCUGGAUGAAGGGGUAGGAGGGGGCACCAGUGAACUUACUCCUCAUUGUGGACCACUUGAAAUACCAAAACAGUUUCUUGUAUCAAACAAAGUUGCCUUGAUUGGUACUUUAUUAUCAACAAUCUUAUGCGUUGUGACCAUGCGCAUAAUAUUUGGCAAGCUCAUUCCUAUUUACGCUUCCAUUACUGCAAUUAUCCUUGCCAUGCUAUUUAGUGUCCUUGCCACAAGAACAUUAGGUGUGUCCGAUAUCAACCCCGUGAGUGGCAUUGGCAAAUUGUCACAACUCAUAUUCGCAUUCAUUAUUCCAUCGAACCAUCCAGCAAAGAUAUUGAUCAACUUGAUUUCAGGUGGUGUGGCGGAGGCGGGUGCGCAACAAGCGGGGGAUCUCAUGCAAGACCUCAAAACUGGACAUUUGAUUGGUGCUUCGCCAAAAGCUCAAUUCAUUGCUCAAAUCAUAGGUACUAUAUUUUCCGUGUUUCUAAGCUCCAUAAUGUACCAGAUAUACAUGGCAGUGUACACAAUUCCCAAUGAAACUUUUCGAAUCCCAACAGCUGUUAUUUGGAUCGAUUGUUCUCGUCUAGUUACUGGUGAAGGGCUCCCACCUAAAGCAAUGGAGUUUGCCAUCAUUUUUGGCGUUAUAUUUGCUUUGAUUUCACUCUUGAAAAAUACAAUGCCACCAACUUCAAAGUAUUACCCAUAUUUGGUAUACCUCCCAAAUGGAGUUGCGGUUGGCGUCGGCAUCUACAACACACCCAAUUUCACCCUUGCUAGAUUCAUUGGAGGUUUGAUUGCAUACAAUUGGCACAAUAUCAGUAAUAGAGGCAAAACGAGUAUGAUUAUUUUCAGUAGUGGGUUGGUACUUGGAGAGGGUUUAUUCAGCGGAUUCACCAUGCUUUUAACAAGUUUAGGGGUUAAACAUUUUUAG